GAGAUCGCCAACGGAUUUCGGCAGAUGUUCUGUUGCAGUCCGUUGAUGACCAUCAUGGCGAUGGAUGACACCCCGUUCGAGUUCUACUCGAUGCUGGCCAAGGGAUUCCUCGACCUCAAGGGCUCUCGGUCUGAGAUGCUGGAGUGGGCCAGGACAUGCGAGUUCGAGGGUGUUGCAGAUGCUUGGACAGGCGUCGGCAAGUUCUGCGAAGCCAUCCUCCACAUCUUGAACGAGCGGAGUGUUGAUCCGGAGGGCAAGCUCGUUUUCCUCCCCGCGAGCUCCGUCUUCCAUUUCACACAGUUCAAUGGUGCUCGGCACUUUGAAAGGACGAUUCGUGCUGCCUUUGCACGUGCAGGCUGGUGGGGCCAGCAAGUGCAGGAAGUGACCCGGCAUGCAGGCUCGAGAGCCCUGGUGCAGCCCAAAAUGGAAACCUUCCUGGCUACUUUGCCUGAGGACUCGAAUCCGGCUAGCAUCUCCACUGCCCGCCUGCAGGAAAUCUUCGAUUUGUUCGAGGACAUCCAGAAAAGUGUCCGUUCCUUGGAACUGGAGCCUCUAAAGGAGAAGCUUUGUGAGUUGGUGUCGGGAUGCGCACGGUCGCUUCUCGACGCAACAGACGGCAUCGACAACGCGAGGGUCUCCCUUGUGUUCCGCAUGCUGGCCAUAGAUGCGGUUGCACUCCAACCUGGCAUGGAGUCACUGUCGCGGGACUUCAAGGAGUGGGCUUCGCUGACGAAGGACAGCAGAUCGCUUGCGGACUGCACGAGGCUUAUGGCAGCAAGCGCACGAACAGAUCUGGAUUUCCAGGCGGUGCAGAAGUCCUUGCCAGAGGAGAAUGCUUUGAAGAAUGCCAAUGAGGAGGCCAUCUCGCAGUUCCACUCCGGGCUGGCGACCUUCCUCGCUAAGGGCAUCCCAGCUGCCAUGGACAAG